CAAAGAGGCACCGGCGCGCUCUUGGCCGCAUUCAUCGUCAAAUACACCCUUGCGACACACUAACGCUGCGCGCGAUGGAUCAGGAUCCUACGUACGACCGCUGCGAAUCAGAAGCCCUCGCAGUGACGCUGGGCAGAGGCGACAAAACAAAGCUGAUCUCGCAAGCACUGUACGGGCCCGAACGGUGGCCGGUCGGGAGACCCCGCGACGCGCGCAGCAAACUCCUGACCGGUGCCCUUGCGGCGAAGGAGCGGGUGCACUGGUGGCCCGUAGAGCCUUGGUUCCGGCACUACCGCGUCCCUUUCCAGGAGGGGCUAAGGGUGAUCAGUUGGUUCGGACACGGCGAACGGCUCGCCAAUUGCACGGUUCAGCACGUGGUGGACACGUUCCAAAUCACCGAUUGGGACUUCGACAAAACUCGCGGGGUCUACCGCCACGCAUUCUCCAAUAUUUUACCUUUAGAGCCGUCUCUUCACAUUUCUUGCGAUAGCUUGGUCAAAGCCAUCACCGAAGCGAAGAAUGGGAUGCCCAUAACGCCGGGCAAGGCACAGCUGGAUACCUGGCGGUGGGCGCCGGCCGGCGUCGUGGAAGACACGAUAUGGUGGAGCGGUGCCUCGCGCUACUACGGCGGCCGCGCGCCCAUGGUGAGGAUGGCCGAGUUGCCCGACGACGCCCUGCGCUGCAUCUGCGAGCAGCUCGUGCCCCCGGUCCUGCGGUCCUGCGGUCCCCCGCUAAUUCACGGUACGGCGGAGUCCAACGAAGAAUGCAUGGCGGCAGCAAAGGAGUACUGUGACGAGCACACGACCGACGCGGCGCUUCUGGCAUGCGACGAGGAGGAUUUUUGUUUUGUGAUAGGAGAUUUAGAUUGCCGGCGGGCGGACAUACACGACAGAAUAAUACAUUGGCAUCGGCACAUGGGACCUGUCGCUGUACAACUUCGCUUAGUCUCGCGGCACUGGCACCGUGCGCAGGAGAAGCCCACGAAUCUCAUGAAAGCUGAACUCGCGCGGUUGAAACAGCACGAAGACAUGCUGGAAAAUGCGUACAGCCGUGCUCGCUCGGAAUACAAUCGGCGUUUCGACUCGCCCCACUGGGAAUGGAUGGGUUAGGACCCGUAUGGCGGUGAUGACUAGAAGUGUGUGUAAGUAAGUAAGACUACCA